AUGGCAUUGGGAUUCUAUAAAGCUGUGCAAUCAAGGACAGGUGGAUUUAAGCUUUUAACAGAUCACCCUGCCCUGUCACUGGUAUGGCCAAGUUCAAUCCGCCAUAAAUUCACAAGAUCUCGUCUUCCUGAAGAGACUUUUCAGCCAAAGCCAGAAGACCAUGAAAAAUAUGGAGGAGAUGCUGAACAACCACACAAGUUACAUGUUAUCACUAGAAUACGAUCAGUUGUUGGUAGGCCAUAUUGGGAAAAGGAUAUAGUAAGGAAACUUGGACUUCAAAAGGCUCAAAAUCCAGUAAUACAUAAGAACAUCCCAGCAGUCAACGAAUAUCUUAAAAUUAUCAAGCACUUGAUUAGAGUUAAGCCUUUGAAACUGCCCUAUGGCCUUCCAACAGAAGAGGAAAUGUCUAGCGCUUACUUGAACAGUAAGGACGAGCUGGUGUUUUGUAAAAAGCUGCAGCCAUUGGAAACCAAAUCUGUGGAAUCAUAG